AUGAAUGCCUUCAGCCUCGCGAUUUUGCUUUCUACAGUGGCCUUGGCCUUCCAGUCUCCGAGCUCAAACCUAAGGGGCAAAAGAUCACUCGGGGACCUGAAAGAAAUCAUCCGAUGCGCCACAGGGAGAUCAUAUUCCGCUUAUCGCUGGUACGGCUGCUACUGUGGAUCGGGAGGCCGUGGGAAGCCGAAAGACAAGGCCGACAAGUGCUGUCAAAAGCAUGACUGCUGCUACGCAGAGGCCGAAGAAAAGGGCUGCGAACCCAAAAAGGACAGCUACAAGUGGAAGUGUGAAGACAAAAUGGCGUCUUGUGAUGGUUUGAAGAAGUGUGAGAAGAUGCUGUGCGAGUGUGACAGAGACUUCGGCAAAUGCCUGAAAGACGCUCCUUACAGGUGGUAUUACGCUGUGUGGCCAAAUUGGUUAUGCGGCUCUAGAAAGUCAUGUGAUGCAUAG